GACACCCUCCAACACCGAGGGGUUUUGGAUAACUCAGAAAAGAGGACUUUAAAACCAUGUAGGCCUAAUGAGCCUCGAAAUUCAAUUGAUAAAUCCGGGACAUACUUUUGUGUCAUACAUUUGGAAAACAACUCUUUUUCAUUUUGGACGUUUUGUUCGAAACGCGUAUGAACACCAGUGAUGGACACAUAUUUUUGACAAUGUUUUAUGUUCUUGACAUGGGCGGGUUAUUGCGCAGACUAUGGGGGAUGUGGGGAAUGCAUGUCGAACAUCUUUGAAGUAUUGUUUCAAAUUGUUGGACCAUUAAAAUGACAACAUUUUUGCAGCGGAGUUAAAACAACAUCCCGCUGAUUAGAAUAACAUCCUACAGCUAUCGGUUGCCUAAUGGACCUCAGUCCGAUCAAAUGCAAGUGUUACGUCUGAUUUGUCAAGAGCGACUCCAGCAAUUUGCAACCUUCGGAUUUUAACAGUUUAGCAUGGAUCUUUUGAGAUUUGCCAGACAUUGUAUGUACAUUGCAUGGCUUGGCUUCUUAUGGAGGAGUGCAGCAGAUCAGCCCAGCCUGACAGACCACCUGCAGUCUGCCAAUGGACUAUCUGAACUCUGUGGUAUCGAUGAGCUUCUUUGUCAUGAUGAAAAUGCUCUGUUAAGUUUCGAGGCCAUCCGCAACAUUCACAAAGACAUGGAUGAUGAUGCAGACGGCAGCGUGGAUGUGACAGAGACGGAUGGGUUUCUAAGGGAAGACUUGAAGUACCAUGACCCAAAAGGAAAACACAACAGCUUCCAUAGAGCAGAUCUGUUGAUCACAGUGGAGGAAAUGUGGAAGUCCUGGAAGGCCUCUGAAGUGUAUAACUGGACAGUAGAGAAAGCUGAAGAGUGGCUCAUCAGUUGUGUGGAGUUACCUCAGUAUGUUGAUUCCUUCAGGAAGAAUGACAUCAGUGGAAAAGCUCUUCCCAGACUUGCAGUGAAAAAUGCCACCCUGCUUCUGUCCGUGCUGAAGAUACCAGACCGCAGUCAUGCACAGAAACUACAUCUGAAGGCUCUGGACACAGUGCUUUUUGGACCUCCAAUGAGCAAACACAGUCACUUGAAGGACUUGAUGCUGGUGGUGUCUAUCGUUAUCGCUGUGGGGGGCUGCUGGUUCGCCUACAUGCAGAACCGGAAUUCUAAGGACCAUGUUAGCAAGAUGAUGAAGGACCUCGAAGGGCUUCAGAGAGCUGAGCAGAGCCUACUGGACCUGCAGCAGAAGCUGCAGAUUGCACAGGAAGAGCAUCACAUGGUGGAGGAGGAGAAGGUCAACCUGGAGCGGGAGAUGCGAAGCGAGAUUGAUGCAGCCAAGCAGGAGGCACAAAGACUACGAGAACUGCGUGAGGGAACUGAGAACAAGUUGAGCAGACAGAAAUAUGCAGAGCAGGAGCUGGAACAGGUGCGAAUGGCUCUGAAGAAGGCUGAGAGGGAGCUGGAGUUGAGGAGUGGCUGGGCUCCUCCUGAAGCUCUGCAGAAAUGGCUGCAGCUCACACACGAGGUGGAAGUGCAGUACUACAACAUUAAGAAACAGCAAGCAGAAAGACAGCUCAUAGUGGCUAAAGAAGGGGCAGAAAAAAUCAAGAAGAAGAGAGGAACACUCUUUGGGACGUUCCACGUGGCCCACAGCUCUUCACUGGACGAUGUUGAUCACAAAAUCCUCUCAGCCAAACAGGCUCUGGGAGAAGUGACCGCAGCUCUAAGAGAAAAGCUUCAUCGAUGGCAGCAAAUUGAGAUUCUGACGGGGUUUAAUAUUGUUAAUAACCCUGGCAUGUCAUCUCUGGCCUCUGCCCUCAACCUGGACCCUGCUUUCCUGGGCAUACGCCCCGCUGUACCCCAACACCUACUGCUAUCCGAUGACCUAGACGACAUGGACGAGGACAUACUUUCCCCAGGAACCCUACAAUAUGCCGCCUGGCAGAUGGAUCGGCGAGUGAGCGACCUUUGGCCCGUGGCUUCCGAGAGCCAAUCCCUGUGGAAACCAAUCCCUUCUGCUCCUAGCCUAAUGUCCCUGCGGCCACGACACGGAGACCCCACGUUGAACCUGAGCUCACAGAGGGAUCUGAACCGGUCCGAAUCGGAUUCCUCCCUCUCGGUGUCUCAGUACGGAGACGCCCAGCGCUGCACCUCAACUCCACUCUACAAUAAGCUGUCCAGAUCCAACAGUGGUUCCUCCACCAACAGCCCUCUGCUGCAGAAAAAGACCUUUGGCAUGGAGAAGUGUGCCAGUCUCGGAGAGAUCCACUCUCAGCCGUCUAGCCUCAACUCAGUCGACUCGAUGCGCUCUCUCAUCUACACCUCCGAGCAGGACGGCCCAUCAUCGCCUACAGGAAAGGGUGGUAACCGAAUCUCUCAGAUCACAGGCAAGAAGAUCCUGGUGGACGAGGACAGCGGCUCCACAGGAGACGACACUGAAGGCUUCAGCACGGGCCGCAAGAAGCACACCUUUACCAAACUCUUCAAGAGGCCGAAGAAAUAACAGCAGUAUGGGGAAAUGGCAAACAUAACAGGACUAAGACUAGCACAAUGGUACUUUUUAACCUUGAAGAGUUUUAGUAAGAACAUGUAAUUUAUGUGGAAUUUUUGAUUUAUAUCGUAAUUGUGUUGACCAAUGGGAACAGAAACAGUCAUUUGUUGGGAACAGGUAUGAUAUCACUGUACAUUUAUUUAUUACU